UUCGUCCAUGCACGGUCGGACGGGCGCACGCUCUCUUUCGUUCCUUUUUAGCCAAAAAAAAAAAAAGAAGAAGCAAUCUCGGUUGAGUCAAAACACUAUCACAGUUAAACCGCGUGUCGCAUCCGCCGUGAAACAUACUCGUGAAGUUCAUACAUGUUUUUUUUUUAAUUUUAAAAUCCAAGUGUCGUUCUAGUGAUGAUGAAAAUUUCAAUGAAUCUCCCAACGUGCUAAAUAUCAAAUUGAAUUUAUCACUUGUGUGUAAUCGCCGGUAUUGACCUCAACUCAAGGAUCAAAUGAUUUCGGUGAUGAUUAUACCGGUGAUGUUAACGUGACAAUAGUGGAUUAUUAUACCCGGAGAUCAUUUUGCACGUCGGGAAAUUAUAUUUUAUGGACUUUCAACUGCGGAAAUUAACAAGGUGUCGUGUAUGUCGGUAAAACCCAUAGACCGCCGUAAAAAUUCCGUAGUGCAAAACCACCCCCUGAAACUUACAACCGAAUGAAUUGACAGAAUCUCCGACGACAUCCGAGUGAGGGUCCACGAGUGAAGUAGAAAAUUUUUUAAAAAAUGAUAAAUCAAUAAAAAUUUCUACGAACGGUUACAUAAGUUCCUAAGUUGACUUCCGGCUGGACGACUCUGUCCCGCUCCGUGUGUCAAGUUCGGUCACGCUUGGGCGAUUCAACUCUGUUCGCAUCGCGUGAGCCGAAAGAGAGGAGGUAAAGAUACACCAGUACAGAGAGUAAAGAAUCCUCGGGUUUGUUCGACCAUUCAAAAGGGCUUUUAAAGUGAAGAAAGAGAACAGAGGAACAAAAAAAAAAACUAGGCAGAGGCAAGAAAAAAGUCAGGCGUAAGAGGAAAGAAGUGGGGCCUUUGUGUUCAAUCGUGUAUUGGGUGGGAAGAGGAUAAAGAGGGUGAGGAAUUUUUGCGGGACGAUGAGUCCCAAAGUGGUGUUAAUGCUGGGGCUAGUGUUGGUCUCUGGCAUUGUUGGUGGUACGGGCAGCGAUGUUGGCCCAGCCGCUGCUACUAGGCAACGGCCAUCACCCGUUUACAGCAAUGAGUUUGCUGUGCAUGUACCCGACGGACCGGAGGCUGCUGCUGCAAUCGCCGAGAAACACGGCUUCGAUAAUAUUGGCCAGAUAUUUGGGCAGACAAUAUUCAGAUUGCACAGGCGAUGCUCAAUAGCCAAUCAGAAGAUAGAAGAAGACGAAGCCAGUAGUGUGAAAACGAUGCAUAAUUGAAGGAGCUCGAUGUAAUCAAUAAAAAAUGUGCCGAGCUUGGAAACAAUAUGAAUCCUUCGAGUAAAAUCUCACCGGUGAUGACAAGUUAAUCACUACAAUCACAGCAAGCACGUCGUAUGAAUUGUUGAGAGUAUGUUGAUAUCUCCCAGAGUAAGAAAUAGAAGAAAGGUACAUUUCCAAAGAGCGUUUCCAAACAAUAUUGAAAAAUGAAUUCGAAAUUGAUGAUUUACCGCAUAUAAUUGACGUCCGAUGGUCAUUUGUCACACUAUUAAAUGCCUAUCAGAUCGUCUGUUGCGUUGCUGAAUUAUCCAGUUGCAAUAUUAUUUCCAUUAGAUUUAUUUCAUAAUCUUUGCUAGGAACACUCUUCACAA